CGCCAUGGAGCCGGAAUAGGAAGGGAGCGCGCCCACCGGUCCUCGGCCGGCGCCCAGGCCCGGAAGGAAUCCAGGAGGCCUCCGCGGAGAUGUUUGCCAGGACUGAUUCAGCUGAUGUAAUACCUGCUCUUUCCUACUCAAGAGGCUGGUUUAAUUGAUUUAUUUUCCCCGUAAGCGUGGAAGUUAGAAAGUCAGAGUUUCUUACAAUAAGACGUAACAGUUUGAGUUUUCCAGGACUGUCGCCGCUUGACUUUGGUCAUUCACCAUGCAGAGCCGACAAGGAUACUGCAGCUACUGCUGCGUGCGCUAUAAUAGCCUGGAACAGCACAUGGCCAGUCCCCAGCACAGAUACUUGACCACCCAGAAUCGACAGAGGAUGGGCACCACGAGCCUGAUGGAGCGUUUCCUGCAGGACGUGCUCCGGCACCAUCCAUAUCAUUCUCAAGAAAACAGAUCAACCCAACAUGAGAGGCUUCUUAUGAAUACUGCGCCACCUCCUGAAGUGGUUCCUGUUGAUGAUUCUGUUUCUGAAGAAGCGACUGAGGAUGCCGCUGGCGUAAAAGGAGAGAGCUCCAGCAAGGGUUCUGAACCUAGUAAAGAGUUACAUGCUAGACCCGGCAAAUCUCAGGAAUGUAUACAGGGUGUUUCAGUAAGACCAUCAGUUAUUCAAAAACUGGAGAAGGGACAGCAGCAACCCUUGGGUUUCAUUCAGAAAAUUGGGAGUGGCAUGAAAGAAUUUAACCCAGUUGGUAUUGGUCAAGCUACACAUACUAGACCAAGCUUAAUAUGUCCGUCAGUGAUUUCUAGUGCUCCUGCUAGUUGUUUAGCUGGAAGUUCCUUUGACAGACCAGUUACAACUAAAACAACUAAGUUAGCAGCAGCAGCCAGUUCAGAUUCAGUCAGAAAAUGUGACCCGAACAAAGUUGACAGAUACCUUGAACAGCCAGACAGGGGCUCUAGAAAUCCUGUGCUGUCAUCCAAUCUAGAAACUUCAGUUUCGUAUAAGAAACCUAAAGAACCAAAUAGGAAAUCUUUAGGUACAAAUUCAGAUAAAUUGAUUAUACAGGAAGCUGUAAAAUCUCCGCGUAAAGCUUUGUCAGCUGGCGCUAAAGUCCGUGAAUUUAUGGGUAGUGAAGGCUCCUUAAAGUCUGAAUCUCUUUCCAAAUUAGCUGUCAACCAAGCAAUCAGCCUGAAUAAAAGUGGCAUGCCUUCUAAUAAGGGAACCUUUGAAGAUGCUACAGCAAAGCACCGUGAGAAAUUCCUUUCUGGUAUGGAUCAUACCCAAGAGGAAAAGCAUUUGGUUUUUAAUAAGUCAGCCUUUUUAGAACAGAAGAGCUCAGUGAUUUCUGCAGUGAAAUUUGCUCGUGGAUCUCUUCAGCCAGCGUCUGAUCAACCCGAAGAGACUGCACAAGACCUUUGGAAGGAGGAGCAAAUUGACCAAGAAGAUAAAAACUAUGAUUCGAGAGCUUCUGAAAUGAGUUUUGACUGCAGUUCCCCUCAUUCACUGACUGAUGAAUCUAAGGUGACUGCCAAAGAAGUAGACCUUUCAAAGGAAGCGUACGCAGAUUUGCAGUGUAAGAGUAAGACAUCUUUCAUUUCUGUGGUGAGUUCGGAUCGUGAUGGCUCUCUUCCCUUGGCUACUAACCGAACUCAAGUAAUCGUUAAAGGUGUAAGUGCUCAGAAGGCAAAGCCUAUUAGCCUGGUUGAUGAAAGCUAUGAAUCUAGUGAUUCUGAGAUUAAUUUUGAAUGUGAUGCCUUACUUCAAUCAACUGAUGACUACCCCCGGCAACCUGGAAAAGAAGGAAACCUUCCUAAGGAGGAACACAUUGACUUGGUUGAUAAGAACUAUGGAUCUAGUAGCUCCGAAGUAAGCACUGAUUCUCCAUUUCCUCUUCAAUCAGUAGGUGACCAACUCCCAGUGGCUGUCACAGAAGCAAAACUUGAGAAGGUUCACAUUGGCUUGGUUGAUAAGAACUAUGGUUCAAGUUGUUCAGACACAAGUAUUGAUAACGAUGCUUCUCCUCAGUCUGUAGUUGAGCAUCCUCACCUGGUUGUCAAAGAAAGAAACGUAAAGGAUAGACAAGUCUACCUGAAAGAUAAUAACCUUAAAUCCAGCAGUGCUAAAGGCCAUCUUGAUUAUGCUGUCUCCCUUGAGACAGUGACUGAUGAAUCUCAGAGGGCUGUUGAAGACAUACCCCUUCUGGAAGAGAAGAAUGAACCUGUGGAUAUGAACUAUGAUUCUCAUGGUUCUGAAAUGAGUUUUCACACUGAUGCUCGACUGGUGGCUGGCCAGUCUGGAGUAAUAGUUAAAAAAGUGAACGCUCGAGAAGUAGCUCUUGACCUGGAGGAUAAGAGUGUUAAAUCUAGCAAUUCUGAUCAAAGUUCUGAUUCUCGUGCUUCUCUUUAUCAGUCACCUAGUGAUCAGCGUGAAAUAAGUCUGAAAGAGUUAAAUGUUGACAUGGAAGUUAAGAGCUAUGGGUGCUCCAGUUCUGAGCUGACUUUUGAAUCUGAUCCCCCUGCUAUGUCGGGUACUGAACAUUCUGAGAUGGACAUGGAAGAAAUAAGAAAGAGGCACAUUAACUUGGAAGGUGAGCACUCUGGGUCAAAUAGUUCUGCAAUAACUUUUGACUCUGAUAUUCUUCUUCGCUCAGGAGUUGACCAGCCUCAAGUAGCUAUUUAUGUGGAAGAACCGAGUCAUCUGGAAAAUCAGACUAAUAAAUCUUGUGUUGCUGAAGUAACUUUUGAUUCUGAUAUACCUGUUCAUUCGGGGACUAAUCAACCUGAACUGGCUGCUAAAGACAUCAUCAUUCAGAAAGAAGAAUAUAUACACUUAGGGAGGAAGAAUGAUGAACCCAGUGGUUCUGAAAUAAGUUUGGAUUUUUAUGUCCCUUCUCAUUCAGCGACUGACCCUCCUGAAGUAGCUAUGGAAAAGCUAAAUCUUCAAAAAGAAGAGCAGAUAUACUUAGAAAAUAAGGACAAUGAGCCUAGUGGUUCCGAAUUAAGUUUGAAUUAUGGUAUUUUUCAUUCAAUGACUGGACAUUCUAACAAUCCCCUUAAAGAAAUGAAUCUUCAGGAAGAGCGCAUACACUUGGGAAGUAAAGGUAAUGGGCCUAGUGUUUCUGAAAUCAGUUUGAAAUCUGACCUUUCUUACCGUUUAAUGACUGAUCAUCCUAACAUAGCUGUUAAAGAAAUAAGCCAUCAGAAGGAACACAUGUACUUACAAGAUAAGGAUAAUGCAUUAAGCGUUUAUGAAACGAGUUUGGAUCCUGGUGUCCAUCUUCAUCAGUCAGUGACUCACAAGCCUGAAACCGCUGUUAAAGAAAUGUGGCUCCAAAAAGAAAGGCAUGCUAAAUUCAAAAGUAAAAGUCCUAAAUUUAGUAGUUCUGCGACAGGUUCUGACAUCCCUCAUUAUUUAGUGACUGAACCUCAGAUAGCGGUCAAAGAAAUCAAUGUUCAGAAAGAACAUGUUCUAGAAAAAAAGAGUGAUAAAUACAGCAGUUCUGGAAUAAUGUUUGGUUCUCAUGUCCUUCCUCACUUAAUGACUGAAACGCCUCACAUUGCUGUUUUGAAGGAGGACCGUGUUGUCCUAGAAGGUCAGAGUACUGGAGCUAGAGGUUUUGCAGUAAAUUUGGAUACUGGUGCCCCUCUUCAUUCAGUCAUUGGCCAUCCUCAGCUAACCCGCCUGAAGGAACAAAAUGUUCAUCUGGAAGAUAAAAACCGUGAAUCUAGUCAUUGUAAGAUAAGAUAUGAUUGUGGUGACCCUCAUCCGCUAUUGACUGGACAAUUUAGGGAAGUGGUUAAGAAAACAAACCUGAGGAAGGAAGGGAAAGUUGUAAUGAAAAAUAAAAAGGUUCAAACUAAAGGUUCUAAAUUAAUACGCUCUUCUGGUAUUUCUCUUCAGUCUGUGGCUGAUAAACCUGAAGGGGCUAUUAAACGAGUAAACCCGGAGAAUGAAGGUCAUGUGAACGUGGAAGAUAAGAGCAGCCAAUGUAGUGGUUCUGAAGUGAGUUUGGAUUCUGAUUUCUUGGUUGAGUCAAUAAUUGAUCAACCUCAAGUAACUGUUUCAGAUCAGGACCAUACUGAGCUAGUAGAAGAUAAGCAUAGUCAAUCUGGUGGUUCUGAAAUGAGUUUUGAUUCUGAGGAUCCUCUUCAGUCGGUGGCUGAGCAGGUUAGAGAAACUGUUAAAGAAAUAGCCCUUUGGAAGGAUGAAGUUGAUGUGGAAGAUAAGAGGGAUGAAGCUGAUGUGGAAGAUAAGAGGGAUGAAGCUGAUGUGGAAGAUAAGAGGGAUGAACCCAAGGGUUUUGAAAUGAUGUAUGAUUCUAAUGUCCUUUAUCAGUCAGUGGCUGCCCAAACUGAAGAAGUCGUUAAGGGGAUGAAGCUUUGGAAGGAGCGCGUUGACAUGCAAGGGAAGAUUGUGGAACCUAGUGAUCCUAAAAUAAAUUUUGAUUCUAAUGAACCUCCUCAGUCUGUGCCUAAUGAAAUUCAAGAUGCUAUUGCAGAAAUAAAUCUUCUGAGGGAAGGACAUGUUUGCCUGGCUGAUAAGGACUAUGAACCCAAUGGUUCUGAAAUAAUUUAUGUUUCAAAUGUCCCUCUUGAAUCAGUGGUUGAGCAACCACAACUUUUGGAAGGGGAACAUGCCAGUUUGGAAGAUAAAAGCACUAUCGCUUGUCCUGAAAUAACUUUCAUUUCUGAUGAUCAUCUUCAGUCAGUGGCUGACCAACUUCAAAAAUCUGUUAAAGAAGUCGGUCUUUGGAAGGAAGACCAUAUUUACCUUGAAGAUAAGAGCUACAAACUAGGUGACUUCGAGUUAGAAGUUGACCAGUCUGAUGUGGUGUGCAAAGAAAUAGAUCUUCCAAAAGAAGGGCAUCUUGGCAUGGAAGUAAAGACCAGUGAACCUAGUGAUUCGGAAUUAAUGUGUGAUUCUGAUGUCCCUCUUGAAAUAGUGGUUAAUGAACUUCAAGUGUCAGUUAAAGAAGCAAAUCUUCGAAAGAUGCUCUUUGUGGACCUGGUGACUAGUGAUAGUGAUUGUGAAGUGAUUGCAGAGUCUGAUAUGCCUUUUCAGCCAGUGAUUGACUCACCUCACAUGACUGUCAAAGACAUCAAUUGUAUAAAUACGGAAGGCUAUGAUCUAGAAGGUGAAUGCUGUGACUCUUGUGGUUCUGAAAUAGGAUAUGUUUGUGAAGCCUCUCCGCAGUCACUGGCAAACCAGUGCAAAGAGACUUUCAAAGUGGUAAACCAGAAGAAAGACUAUAUCAUUCUGCAGGAGUCAAGCUGUGAGUCUUACGGUUCUGAAAUAAAUUUUCAAAUCGACCCCCCAGAUCGGUCUGUGACUUACUCGUCACAAGAAUCCGAUAAAGAAAUGGUGAAAAUUAUUGACUCAGAAGAGAAGAGUUGUGAAUCGGAUAGUCCUAAAACAGAUUUUAAAUGGGAAGACGAUGCUGAGCCAAUGGCUGAGCAGCUCCAGGAAGAAGACAAAGGAAUCAACGUUCGUCAAAGGAAAGGUCUAGAAACCAUUGGCCGAAAAGAAAAGCACCGUGAAGCUACUGUUUCUGCAGUGCGUUGUAGUGCCUCUUCUGGGUCAGCAGUCCAUCAGAGGGCUAGCAAGGGAAAGAUUUUGAAGUUAAAACAUGCAGAUCCAGAAAGUAUGAGCUGUGAACCAUGUGGUUCUGGAAUGAGUUUCCAGUGCUCUCUUCAGUCUGACGCUGACCAGCCUCAAGAAGCCAUUAAUAAAACAGGACUCUACAAGAAGAUGUCUCUGGACCCAGAGGAAACAAACCGUGAUUCCCACCCAACCUCUAUUUUCAUAGUUGAUCCUGCCAGGAACCUGGAAAAGGUAAAGGAGGUCAUAGAAGACGAUCCUGAUGAACCUGUCCUUGAAGCCUUGCCUCAUGUCCCUCCUUCAUUUGUGGGGAAAACGUGGUCUCAGAUAAUGAGAGAAGAUGACAUGAAAAUUAAUGCUCUUGUGAAAGAAUUUAAGGAAGGUCGUUUCCACUGUUACUUUGAUGAUGACGGUGAGACCAGGAAGAUAAAAAAAAAAAAUUUGAAUGAAGAAAAAAAGAUUACCUGGACUGACGCGAGUCAGGACACUACCGCAAUUCAAGCUCUUUCAGAUUGUGAUGAUAAUGCAGGUGGCGUUUCAGAUACUGAUGACUUUCCAGUGGCCUUAGAUAAAUCUAGCCAUCAUUCUACAGUCAAGAGGCCUUAUUAUGAACAGUCAUGGCGACUGGCUGCUCGAUGUCAGGCUGUAAAAGUCAGCCAUGGAACUCAAACCAAUUUCUCAAAUCAGUCAGACGCACAAGACAGUGGACAGGAGGAUGACUCGACAGGGAAGCGUUCGCUUCAACAGGACAAAAAAACAAAAAAGAAAGUGAAAAUUGGAGCACAUGAAUAUCCUGAAACAUGUACUAAAGUUCUGAAGCCUUUGCAACCCAAUGCCUUAGUCUACGUUAUUUCUUCAAACAUGAAAUUUCAGGACAGUGAAACUGCCAACUUCGCUAAAAAAUACCGCACCCCCAGAAGUCGGGAUGUUAGCAUAGAGUACAAAUACAAACGGAGCUCCUUUAAUUACUAUGACCCACUGAGUAAGGAAAUCGUAAUUGAUCCUCCUCUGAGCAUAGAUGACCCUGACAGAGUUAACUGGCUUCAAGCUAGUCUCAGCGACCUGAGCUCCAGUUCAGGCGAUGAAGACGCUGAAGACUGUGACCCCACAUCCGUUUUGACCAUAAGAGACGAAUUGCUGGCCUAUCCGGGGGCCCCUGUUUCACCUGAGCGAGUGCCACGGCCGGGGACUUCGGGGACCUCACGGCCGGGGACUUCCGGGACCUCACGGCCGGGGACUUCGGGGACCUCACUGCCGGGGACUUCGGGGACCUCACGGCCGGGGACUUCAGGGACUUCGAGCGCUAGCGCGGGCUCAGCUCCAAAGGAAAGUAAUUUCCAGUUAACGGUGGUCCCCAGCGACGCCGCCGGGACCUCUUCGGAAGCAGGUACCGGGAAGUUCUCCGAAGGUAAAAAGAAAAUUCAGAGGAGGGUGACAACGAAUGACGACAAGCCAGACUUCCCCACGAAGGUUUACAAGCCGACGAGUCUGCAGGCACAGCCCAGGAUCGCUUCCGAAAGACGGCCAAUUUGGAUUCGGACCAAAGUAAACGAUAUCAUUCGAAAGUAUCUUUCAAAAUACUCUUUCCUGCGUCGCAAGUAUCAGUCCCGGAGCGCCUUUCUCCGACUGCAUCUUAACCAGAAGAAAUGCGACCCCCCCAAGGCGAAGGCGAAGGCGGCGGCGAGGAGCACCACCCACAUGGUUCUGAGGUCGUCGGUUCCGCCGGUGCCCGCGGAUCCUCCGGUGCCCUCGGAUCCGCCGGUGCCCGCGCAAUCGCCGGUUCCUCCGGUCCCGCGGCUUCCCCCGGCCCCGCGGCUUCCCCCGGCCCCCCCGGGUCCCUCGGUCCCGCGAGCUCCGCCGGUGGCGGCGGCGGCGGCGGCGGCGGCCGAGGGACGGUCCCUCACGGCCCCCGGCUCCGGCCCCAAGCCGCCGGGGCCGCGGGGUCCCGGCCGGAGGAGGAAUGGUAAGAAACGCUCUCGGAAGAAGAGAAGACGACGACUCUCCCGACCCGUGAAGAUCUACGCUUUGAGAAGCCUGUAUUCCCAGGUGCCCUACUCCGACCGGAUGAGGACUCGGCUGUCAAGCAAGCGGGAGGCCAACGAGACCCCCUAG